AUGACGGAUUUGUUGCAUGUUUUGCGAAUGCACAUUGUCAGCGAAGCCUCUGAAUUCUUGCCAGAGCCGCUGGUCUGCGAGACAUUGCAGGCUGUUUACGCGAAGUGGAAUGCAGAUAAGUUCGAUGAUGUGCCAAGGCUCAUGGAGAAGUACAAAGACCAGGAGGCAGAGAUAUACGAUCAUAUUGUGCGCAAAUACGUGUUCAACCGACCGCAAAAGGAUUGGCAGCCUCUCGUAGAGGCAAUGUAUGCGCGCUUCAAUCCAGGCAAGCUUGCUGCAUUGGACAGCAUUUUUGCUAAAUACAAAGACAGCGAGGCUGCACUUUAUCGAGCGCUGUGUGACAAGUACCUGCCGACCUUGACGGAAGGUGGUGAGCCGCUGGUGUUCAACGUUUGGGAUCAGGCAUUUGACGUCCGCUCCGAAGGCAGCAUGUCAGCCAAGGAGACUCAAGGCAAUGACGAGGUGAUGCUGGUUUCUCCAAGCCAGGAGAUGCCCUUGGAACCUUCGCCAUGCCCGGGGAUUGGCCGCGUUUCUUUGGAGGCUCCAGAGGCCCCAGGCCCUGGAGAAGCCGUCACAACUGAGGAGCAGAAGCGAGCGCACAAAGAGAAGAAGGAGAAGAGAAAGAAAGGGAGGCAAGCACAUGCUGAGGUGUUCCCUCCGCUGCUUCCAAAGCCACCAAGCGACAUCGGCCGUGAAAACAUGGCAGGUGUGAGGGACGAUGUGGAUCUGGGCCAGCAGGCUGCAAGAAAAACAAGGGCUGACGCCUCCCUGCGGCCAAAGGCGGCUGCCAGACCACAGCCAGACGAUACUGCCCUACCUCAGGUGUGUGCUGAUCAGCUUGGACAGUCAAAGCCAACUGGAGCCGUCAAAAAGAGGAGGAUCAAGGAGAACGGCAACGGAAGUCACUCAAAGGAAAAUCAAGAAGGCCACAAGCGAAAGAAGCGCCGCAAGGUGCCGGAGGCUUUGAUGGCGAAUGGAGAAGAGGACGGAACUGGAGCUCCAGAGCUUCAGAAGUUGGACUCUGGCCUUGAACAGCGAAGACAGCAGUUGAAGGAGAAGCUGUUAGAACUGAAGACUCAAAUUUCUUCACAGGCUUCACCAGCCUCAGCACCGCAAGACAGUGCCAUGGACUUUUGGGGUCGACCUGCAACUCCCUGGACGCAGGCCAACUUGCCUGAUGCCAAGUCUGACUCGUACAGCGAGGACGAGAACGACAAAGACGGACAAAGCGACGCUGAGUGGGCAGAAAACAGGACUGUUGUCCUGCGGAACAAGCUGGAGGUUCAGUUGCGAGCAAAGUUGAUGAACUCGAUGACAAAGGGAUGA